AUGGGAGAAAGUAAGAUCCUUGGAACAGAAUCAGUUCGAGAAGUGAAUGAAGUUAUUUCUCGGAUUAGAGCAUGGAUGAUUGCAUCUCAAGAUCAACAAAAAAGUUAUGCAGAUCUCAAGAUAAGGGAUAUAGACUUUUCUAUUGGUGACUACGUCUUCCUUAGAGUAUCACCAAUGAAAGGAGUUAGGAGAUUCUGGAAAGAAUUGGGCAAAUUCAUCUCAUGUGUUAGCUAUGAGACCUUGAGCAUACAGGAAGAUCUUUCAUAUGAGGAAAAGCCAGUACAGAUAUUGGAUAAGAAUGACAAGGUGUUGAGAAUCAAGACAAUUCCAUUAUUUAAGGUUCUAUGGAAGAAUAGUGCGGUGGAAGUAGAGACUUGGGAAUUGGAGUCGGACAUGAGAGAGAACUAUAUGGAAUUGUUGAAGUAA